UUCCAGGGCCGGACCUGCCCCUCUGCGCCCAGAGCCGCCAUGUUGGCCAACGCCACGCUGAAGCCGCUCUGCCCCAUUCUGGAGCAGAUGAGCCGUCUGCAGAGCCACAGCAACUCCAGCAUCCGCUACAUGGACCACGUGUCGGUGCUGCUGCACGCGCUGGCGGCGGCGCUGGGCGUGGUGGAGAACGGACUCAUCCUCUUCGUGGUGGGCUGCCGCAUGCGCCAGACCGUGGUCACCACCUGGGUGCUGCACCUGGCGCUGUCCGACCUGCUGGCCUCCGCCUUCCUGCCCUUCUUCACCUACUUCCUGGCCGUGGGCCACUCGUGGGAGCUGGGCACCCCCUUCUGCAAGCUGCACUCGUCCACCUUCUUCCUCAACAUGUUCGCCAGCGGCUUCCUGCUCAGCGCCAUCAGCCUGGACCGCUGCCUGCAGGUGGUGCGGCCCGUGUGGGCCCAGAACCGCCGCUCGGUGGCGGCGGCGCACAAGCUCUGCCUGGCCCUGUGGGCGCUGGCGGUGCUCAACACGGUGCCCUACUUCGUGUUCCGGGACACCAUGCGGCGGCAGGACGGCCGCACCAUGUGCUACUACAACGUGCUGCUCCUGAGCCCCGGGCCGGACCGCAACGCCACGUGCCACUCGCGCCAGAUGGCCCUGGCUGUCAGCAAGUUCCUGCUGGCCUUCGUGGUGCCGCUGGCCAUCAUCGCCUCGAGCCACGUGGCCGUGAGCUUGCGGAUGCGCCACCGCCACGGCAGCCGCACGCGCUCCAGCCGCUUCGUGCGCCUGGUGGCGGCCGUGGUGGCGGCCUUCGUGCUCUGCUGGGGCCCCUACCACGUCUUCAGCCUGCUGGAGGCGCGGGCGCACGCCCGGGAGGCGCUGCGGCCGCUGGUGUGGCGCGGGCUGCCCCUGGUCACCAGCCUGGCCUUCUUCAACAGCGUGCUCAACCCGCUCCUCUACGUGUUCACCUGCCCCGACGUGCUGAGCAGGCUGCGGCGCUCGCUGCGCAGCGUGCUGGAGAGCGUGCUGGUGGACGACAGCGAGCUGGGCAGCCUGGGCAGCCGCCGCCGCCGCGUCUCCUCCUCCACCACCACCGGCAUCGGCGCCGGCACCGCGUCCUCCUCGUCCCGCAGCGGCGGCUGCCUGCCCUCGUUGAGCCCCGCCGGUCUCCCGGGCUGCCUGUCCGGCGGCCGCAGGGCGUCCCCGCAGAGGGGGCGCGCCCGGGCCCUGGACGAGACGGGGCCCCUGAACCCGGGGCCGGGCGCCGCUGCGCAUUAG